AUGAGCAUCGACGCACCAUAUUUGCGGCAGACGCUGCUCGAGGCCGCGAGCGAAGGCGACAUUGACACAAUCCUCGAAACCCUGGAGAACGGCACGUCUAUUGACGGACUCGUCAACAGCGUCGAGGCCGGGUCCGGCUUUACUGCACUCCAUCACGCGUGUGUGCGGGGAGAUGUCGAAUUGGCGUGCUUCCUACUUCGACACGGGUCGGUCACGGAUGUCUGCGAUAAGUUUCGCAAGACUCCGCUGCAUUACGCAUGCCAUUUUGGUCAUACCCAGGUGGUCUUUGUGCUAUUGGACUCGGGUCGCGCCGACGUUCAGAAGCUCUACGACACUAACGAAGCCAAGCUGACGUGCUUACAAACGGCUGCCGCGCGGGGCCACACAACGAUUCUCCACCUCCUGCUUGUCCACGGCGACAUCAUUGACGGACGCAAUGAGGCAGGAGAGACGGCGCUGCAUCUCGCCGCGGCAGAGAAUCACAUCGACACUGUCGUGGUUUUGCUGCGGUGCGGUGCCGACAUUGCCGCAUGCACACCACGAGGAGACUCGCCGCUGCACUACGCUUGCCGCGCCGGUGCUCUUACCACGGCAUCGCUGUUUGUGAGACUCGGCGUCUCGAUCCAUCAGACAAACGUGCGUUUUCGUUUCCAGCCAACCGACUUAAAUUAUCUUGCGUAG